GCUGCCGUAGCACCCACAAAUCCUACUUCUGCACAUCGUGGGUGAACAGACACUGAGCAGAAGAUCGCAUCCAUGAAGGCCUUCAUUACCGUCGCGCUUCUCUCUGCCGCGUCGCUGGCGUAUGCUGGUCCUCGCCCCGCAGCAACAAAGGUAGAUGUUAACGGAGGUGCCGGAUCUCUAGGCGGCAGCGCGUCCCUAGGAAACCUCGGCGGUGGCUUUGGCGGCAGCGGCGCCCGACCAGGAGUGAGCAGUGGUGGCGUUGGCUUAACAACCGGCGGUCUUGGUGGCGCUUUCGGAAGCGGCUUCAGCGGAACUAGUCUGGGAAGCCGUCCUGGUUUCGGCACUGGAAACAGUGCCGGCAGUGGGCCCGGUAGCGGUUCCACCGCUGGGUUCGGUACUGGCGGCAGCCUUUCGUUCGGCACCAGCGGACCUUUAGGCGCUGGCUUUGGAGGACCCUCUGGAGCUGGGCCGACGACUCCAAGUGGCUUCGGUGUUAACUUCCGUCCAAGUCCCGGAGCAGGUGCUCCUGGAGUCGGAGCAGGUCCAAGUGCCGCCGGCGCAUUCGGAGCCUUCCACCCUGGCGUAUCCAGACCUUAUGGAGCAGGCGUCGGAGGAGCGUAUGGACCAGUAGCCUUUGGUGGUUAUCCAAGCGGAGGUUUUUCCGGAGGCUAUAACGUACCUUAUGGUUUCGGUGGCUACGGAGAAGAUUUAUACGGCGUAGAUUACUACGGUUCUCCUUAUGGCUUCCCUGGAGCCGUUGGUGGUGGCUAUGGCUAUUACGGCCCACAUAGCUAUGGUUAUGGUGCCCCUGGGUUCCCUUUUGGCGUCUACCCUGUUGGCGCUGGCGGCGUCAGCAGUGCCUCUGCAUUGAACAGCGGCUCCCAAGUAUCCCUUACACGCAGUGCAAGAAGCGCACGCAGUGCUUCAGGAUCUUCCGGGAGUAGCUCCAGUCGUUCCUCAAGCACCAGCAGCCAGUAAACUACAGUCAUGGCCAUUACUGGAAGCCUGACAUGAAUGCGGCGCCUGGUCAUGUGAAAUUGGUUGAUUUAAGCAAGUCUCUCCGAAGGAUAUUCAUUUUAAUGAACCAACACCCCACGACGACGUGAAAUCUGAUUACAAGAUUAAAUAAAACUCGAUAUACAGCAGGA